AUGUCGCACGUUGAAGCCGGAAAACUUCAAGACCACAAUUCGGAGGAAUAUGUCCCUCAUCAUCGACAGUCAGCUUCUGCUAAAGAUCAGCUAGCUGUCUGGCAUGCAAACAGGGGUGACAAGUCGUUCUUACGGGCUAUGAUCCCGUCAAUCAGAGGCACUCCACCAGGAGAAAUGCCCACUACCAAGAACCCAAUCAAACUUAUCAGGAUGGUGUCACCAUUUGCCUGGUUAAUGUUCUUUUCUGGAUGGCUCGCGUGGACCAUAUAUGACUUCUUCUGUGUAUCAUUGACUCUUGAUUCACUCGCGGAACAAUUUGAAGUAAAACCAGCAAAAAUCACUACAGCCAUCACCUUGACCUUGCUUUUCCGAUCUCUCGGUGCCGUCAUCUUCGGUAUCCUCUCAGAUCGAUACGGUAGAAAAUGGCCUUUAGUCGCUUGUAUGUUGCUCAUCAUGUGCUUUGAGCUUGGAUCAGGAUUCGUCAACACGUACCAGCAGUUCUUGGCCGUGAGAAGGAAAGCUAACAUAACAAUUUCUUUACGUGUCUGGGGUGCUGCAUCUCAAACAGCUCUGGAGAACGUCCCGGCCGAAGCUCGUGGUCUCCUUUCUGGUAUGAUGCAACAAGGUUACGCAGUUGGAUAUUUAUUGGCUGCUGUCAUCAAUCUCACGAUCGUCCAAUACUCAAAGCCCCAUUGGCGUACAAUCUACUUCUUUGGAGCUGGUUUCUCUUUCCUCGCUGCAUGUGUACGAGCAUGCCUUCCCGAGUCAAGACAAUUCCUCAUUGCAAGGGAGGAAGCCAAAGCUAGAGGAUUGACUGCUAAGGAAACAACCAGAAACUUCCUUGGCGAGUUGGGUGCUAUGUUCCGAACUAAUUGGUUACGAUGGAUUUGGGCUGUUUGCCUCAUGACAUUCUUUAACUUCUUUUCUCACGGAAGUCAAGAUUUAUACCCAACCUACCUCAAGACUACCAAGCACCUUUCUGCCAAGCUUGCUUCUAAAGCAACCAUUAUCGCUAACUGUGGGGCUGUAACCGGCGGAACUAUUGCUGGAUACGGCAGUCAAUAUGUAGGACGACGAUUUGCCAUCCUCCUAUGUUGCUUCUGGACUGCAGCUUUCUUGCCACUAUGGAUCUUACCCACGUCCUUUGGAGGAUUGGCCGCUGGAGGUUUCUUUGUACAAGCUGGUGUUCAAGGUGCAUGGGGAGUCGUUCCCAUCUACUUGGGAGAAGUCAGUCCUCCUGCUUUCAGAGCUUUGUUUGCUGGUCUUUCAUACCAACUUGGUAACAUGGCAAGUUCCGGAGCUGCUCAAAUCGAAGCCGACGCAGGUGCGCAUCUCAAACUUGCAGGAACCGCUAUUCCAGACUACGCCGCCAUCACCGGUAUCCUUCUCGGUGCAGUAAUCGCUUGGGGUAUCUUAUGUAUAUUCUUUGGACCUGAAGCCGAUGGAGCCCACUUCGAACAGGCUAAAGUUGCUUUCCAAAGAGGUGGUGGUCAAAUCGAUCCUACCGAAUUGUUCGAUCAUGAUAAACCCGCUCACAACCAUAUCGAGAAGGCUCAACCUGAACAUGCUGAGCUCAGAUAA